AUGGCAUCUGCAAAAAUACAACAGAAGCUGUUCCGUUGGCGGAUAGUACCAAGAGAGACCUGGGUGAUCGACUCGAGUCUCACUCAAGGAGACCGUCUUGUGUUCAAAGUGCCGGCAGAGGACGACACCGGACAACGUUUGGUGGUGGCGAAGGAGAAAGAAUUUGUUUUCGAAAGGUCCGGAUUUUGGGACGAAGGCACUUUCCAAGCUACCGCGCUCUUGUUCAAACGUGCAAUGGAGGAGCGUCUAACUCGAUACAUGAACGGGCGGUACGGCUCAUGGCAGUCGAUGUUCCUCAAGAAUCCACCGUGUAAAAAGGCCACAAUCAGAAUAGACUUCCGCUGCAAACAGCGAGCGGACGUAGACGUGUCCAUCACAGUAGAGGACACUGCCGGUGUAACAUUCCGCACUCUCUUGCGAGAAGUAUUUGACGCCAAGAGGCCAGGUACAAAGUGCACUUACUCUGUCUUCCACCGCUCGAACAUCUGGCCGAAACGCCAGGAUCUGAGUUUGGAGGACAAGUCCCUGCGAGAAGUGCUGCAGGAGCUAUCUGCAAAACAUGGGGCGGCUACAGUUGGUUCAUGGCCAAGCGUGUUGGCUCGUGGUGUGGUGUGUCCUGAAGAUCGGCUUCGCGAAGAAAUGGGUCGAGGCGCUGGUAUUCCCAGCAUGUGCGGCCCAGAUGAGGCUGGAGACGCCCGGACACCAUAUGUAGGAGGCUCGCAAACAGGUGGAAAGAGGUGCCUUGAGUCUUUACAGCAUGGGUUCAUCAGCAUCGACCACACUGAAAAUGGAGACCGUAUCGCUCCGGAAGCUUCAGUGCCGUGCUCGUAA